AUGGCACCACAUAGCUCCACUUUUAUGAGAAAGGAGUUAAAACAGGCGCUAAAACCUGCUAGGAUUCCGCUCCAGCUCAUAAGGCCAGUUCAAUUCAGCAGUUACUGCAAAACAACAUCCCAGAGUUCACCUCGGCCUCGGAUUGAGUCUAAAGAAAGCUCUAAUCUCAACCCACUAGACUAUCGGCUUUGGUCCGAACUGGAGAGAAUGGUAUGCUACAGAGCACACCCUAAUUUGGGAAGCCUCAAUCUCUGCAGUCGGUUUCCGGUCCUGUCCAAAUCUCCCAACUGGCGAAAUGACCAUGAAGAAGUGAUGAGAGACCUUGAGAUACAAGUGAGAAUCCAGUCAACGUUCGGCAGUCAGCGUACCAACGCAGCCUCAAUCCUAUCCGAGAACACGUCACAUGACGAAUGA